GCUUAAGGUGGAAGAGUGAGCGCCGAGCUGCCGAUCGAGUUUCCCGGCAGGCGCAGGCGGAAAAAAAAAAAGCGAGCGCAGAGCUUCUGUCGCCAUCUCCGGGACUCCAAACGCCUCAGGUCUCUGUGCUGUAGCUGCCAGGGCCUGCAGGAUGUUUCACGGAAUCCCAGCAACUCCCGGUAUCGGAGCCCCUGGGAACAAGCCAGAGCUGUAUGAGGAAGUGAAGUUGUACAAGAAUGCUCGGGAGAGGGAGAAGUAUGACAACAUGGCAGAGCUGUUUGCAGUGGUGAAGACAAUGCAGGCGCUGGAGAAAGCGUACAUCAAGGACUGUGUCACCCCCAACGAGUACACCGCAGCGUGCUCCAGGCUCCUGGUCCAGUAUAAAGCUGCUUUCCGACAGGUCCAAGGCUCAGAGAUCAGCUCCAUUGAUGAAUUCUGCCGGAAAUUCCGACUGGACUGCCCACUUGCCAUGGAGAGGAUCAAGGAAGACCGGCCCAUCACCAUCAAGGAUGACAAGGGCAAUCUCAACCGCUGUAUCGCGGACGUUGUCUCGCUCUUCAUUACAGUCAUGGACAAGCUGCGUCUGGAGAUCCGCGCCAUGGACGAGAUUCAGCCAGACCUACGGGAGCUAAUGGAGACCAUGCAUCGAAUGAGCCACCUGCCUCCAGAUUUUGAAGGCCGCCAAACAGUCAGCCAAUGGCUGCAGACCCUGAGUGGGAUGUCGGCCUCUGAUGAGCUGGAUGACUCCCAGGUCCGCCAGAUGCUCUUUGAUCUGGAGUCAGCUUACAACGCUUUUAACCGCUUCCUACACGCCUGAGCCUCAUCGAAGUGGGAUGAGACUGAUGGGAGAUGCGACGCCUCAGUUCCCCAGUGUCUACACCCGCCCUAGAUGCCUAUAUUGUCAGGAAACCGCCCCCAAUAAAUAUCGAAACCCAGCUCUCACG